GCUAGUCUAAAUAAUCUGAAAAAAUUGCAUCCUUUAGUGCAUAUAGCUUAGUUGAGCCCUUAGAUGGAUAGAUCUGGGACAGGAAAAAACGAGGGUGUGCGUUUGUAUGAAGGGCUACCCAGUGUCCGGAAAGCCGCAUUGUUUGAAUACUUUCGGACUCAAAUCGGAGAUGGUGGGGAUCAGGCCGUAUCUCUGGGAAAAUUGACCCAAUCCACCAUCGCGCGUCGGGUACGCUGUAAUGAAUCCCUAGAUGUCAGCGCGAUAGUAGAAGAGAUGAUGCCGAUUGUACGAGCGCGAAUGUCGGAAAAAACGAGGGAAGGUCUAUUCCGGCGGACCGCUGAGGCUUUAUAUGGUGAUCUCGGUUGAGAAUAAACUUUGUGCAUGUAUUCAAUGAAAAUGAACACAUAACUGGAAACAAA